GUGGGCUCUGCCAUCGUCGACUUGAAGUUUGUAUGGCAAGUUGACAACGCGGUCGUCCUUUCCACGUGGUGGUGGCAGGGCUGGCUGGUCACGUCGGCCAAUCACGCCUGGUGUGGGGGGGGGCUCCCUCGCCGCGUGGAAGAAGGGUGCAUUCAUUGAUCGGGACAAUAUCUGCCGUUCGUGUCAUGGCGAUGAACACGACCGUCGACACGGUCGCUGCGGUGCUCAAGGCGAAGCAUGGCGUGUUGGAGUUCAAGUGCAAGACCGAGAGCAUGUUUCGGAAUUGGAUUACUGUGUACGCCAAAAUCGAAGGUCGAUGGUUGUCGCUGUACAAGAAGAACGACACGGUGGUCCGCCUCGGCGCGAUCGAACUUGGCCAUGGCGUCCAAGUGACCAACUACGACGACGUGGAGAUGUUUGCCCGGCGGUUUGACGUGGUGUGCACAGGUGGCGCCCUCCAAGCGAUCGAGUGGAACUUUCGAACGACGACGGGCCGAAAAGACCGCGACUCGUGGGCUCGAGCCAUCAUGGCCAACUUGAAAAUGUUCAAAGCACACGACAUCGAAGCGUUCCCGCAUUAUCGCGAGUACGAAGGCCUUGUCCAGGACAUGAUGGCCAGCGUCCCGACGGCCGUGCGCCUCAUCCCUCGCACCAACCACCUGAUCAAAAAGAAUAAAGAAGCCGCCAAGGUGCCGCUCCAUGCCAAGUCGUUCCUAGGCUACGACGCUGUGACGUUUCUCACGUCUCGGAAGGUCGCGGCGACCCAAGCGGACGCGGAAGCGAUUUGCCACACGCUCGUCGCGAUGAAUUUGAUCCACCACCUCGUGUGGGCGCAGGGGUUUUCGAUCAACGAGCUCUUUUGCUUUACGCAAGAACAGAACGUCAACACAUGCGUCCAGAUAUUUGAAACCAUGAUCGAGCCCGGCAGGUUUUGGAUUUACUUGCCGAUCCCGCUUGCUGUCGCCAUGUCCCACGCCGAUACAAGCUCGCUCGUGACGUCGCCCCGGAAGGACUUGUACGCGGCGCCCGACAUGUCGUCGACGCUGACAUUCCGGAACGGGUCGGGCGCGCUACAGACAACGACGGUGCGCUCGCCGAGCUCAAACAGCAGCUCCGAGGCAUCGAAAGACGCGAUGACUGUCGAGAUUCUCGACGAAGGCAAGUGGGCGAGCGCCGACGCCGCCAAACACUGCCAUUGCUGCGAAAAGUCAUUCAAUCCGCUCAACCCACUCAAGCGGAAACACCACUGUCGGCUGUGCGGGUUCGUUGUGUGCUCGACCUGCGGCGUGCACACGACUGUCGGCCACGUAAACCGCGCAGUGAAUGUCCGUGUCUGCAUCAAGUGCAGGCUUCGCAUGAAGCAGUCGCAAGAAGCGUCGUCUUCGCGGCAGCACCACAUGAACCAUCACAACUCGGCCCCCGACCUGUUUAGCCAGCCCCGGCACAGCCUCACGGCGACGACCUACUCGGAGCCGCUCGCGUCGACAAUCGUGGCGACGACUGCACAACACUGGAACAGCGUAUGCUACGACUGCAAUAACAAGUGCCAACCGCACUUGAGCAUGUCGCCCGAGUUCCCGCUCGACUUUGAAUGGGACCAUCCUUGGCCCAAGCCGCCGCGCCGCCUCAACGAAGCGCUGUGUGUUGAGAUGCUUGAUCAGACGCUCGUGUGCACCCAACCCGAUCCAUGGUUCGACCAGCUCUGCGACGUCCUCGUGAGCAAUACAGGGUGUGAAAAGGCCGUGAUUGGGUUCAUGGGGACCCCCGGGUUUGUGCUGAUGGGCACGGCCGGGUUCGACCUGCCGGGGGACUUUCCCAAGGUUGUCGCGCACGACUUGGCGUUCGCUCCGCAUGCGCUCAUGAGUGCCGAGCCCCUCGUGUGCUGCGACGUCGGCGAAGACGUUCGGUUUACACAAAACUUGUACAUGCGCAACGAAUGGCACGUCGGGUUUUACGCGUCCUUCCCGCUUGUCGUGAGCUGUGGCCUCAUCUUGGGAACGGUCGAAGUGUACGACUCGACGCCACGGCGGCAAUGCCACAACGUACACGUGCACCUGGAUGCCGUCGCCAAGCUAGUCGUGCAAUACUUGGACGACUUGGUCGAGCAAUCCAAGAAAAUACAAGCCGCUCCAGCCGCCGCGCCUGCUCCCGUACCAGUAGCGGCACCAGCCGCCGCGCCGGCCGACGGGCUGUCGUCCAUGGAGGGCAAGCUCAUGCAGCUUCUAGAGAAAACUACCGGCACGCAGUCGCAGCUCCAGCAGCAACAAGCUCUGAUGGCCCAUGCCGUCGGGGACCACAGCAAGCAGAUCAACAUGUUGGCCGAGAAGCUGCAGCGCAUGGAGGCCGCCAUCGAUCGAAAACACGCACAGGCUGAACCGUGAGCACUCCACCAGCUCGGCGAUCGUAACAAUGGACCACCCAUCUCCCUUCGUUUUAGUAUUUCAUGCGAAUGACCGGCCGCCAUCGUCGGGUCUGCAGACUCGGCCGCAACGCCAUCUCGACACACUUUGAAUAUUUCACGAAAUAGAUAGCUCGCUGGUAAAUACCCCCUCGUUGGUGGUCCCCGUCACUGGUCGUCGUCGUCCACGCCGACCCACUUCUGGAAUGCGAGGAAGAACUCUUGAAAGUUGAUGCUGCCGUCUUUGUUCCAGUCGAGUUCUUUCCAGCGCUCGACGUUGAAGAACUUGGUUUUGUGUGUCGUCGAUUUGGCUUUGCCAUUCUCUGGUUUAUUGAGAAUCUAAUGAUAACAAUCCGUUGUGCGUCGGCAAGUACACAAUCCG